AUGGUCAAUAUAUCGCACCCCCGACCCCGCCGCGACUCGAAGAACAUCGACGCCUGGCUCGUCGGCAGCGGCGUGGCAUCCCUAACCGCCGCAAUCCAUCUGAUGAAAGAUGCAAAAGUGCCAGCCGGAAACAUCCACAUCCUCGACUCCAGCUCCGGGUCCGGUGGCGGACUCAAAACACACGGCAAUGCAAUGGACGGCUACUUCUUGCCCAUGGACGGCAACCCGCAUUUCCACGGGGAAUGCAUCGAGAGGCUGCUGGCGCUGAUUCCGAGCCAGAUGGACGGCAGCGGGUCUGUUAUGAAGGAUAUCCGGGACCGUGAGAAGACGGAGGAGGAGCUGAUGCCUGCUCAGGCGAGGGGCAUCAAACAGGGAGAGAAAGGAGCUGAGGUGUUCCAUCCGCAUGGCCUGCAGGUUGGGAUGAAGCAUCGCAUGACGCUGGUUAGCCUGAUGAUGGAGAAUGAGAUGUCGAUGGGGAUGAAGAAGAUUGAGGACAUGUUCGACAAGACCUUCUUCGACACCAGCUUCUGGAUGCUGUGGUCGACUACGUUCGCCCUGCAGCCCUGGCACAGCGCCAUCGAGUUCAAGAGACACCUCCGCAAGUACCUCGAGGACAUCGGUGCCCUGAACAGCGUCAAGACCACGCACCGGACCGAGUUCAACUUCUUCGAGUCCGUCGUGCACCCGCUGUCCGACUAUCUCAAGCAAGAGGGCGUGGACUUCCGCUUCAACACCCGCGUCACAGACCUCCAGUGCUAUCCCGACGGCGACCCAACCACCAUGUGCGCCAUCGAGAUGGUCCAGGACAACAAGGAAGAGCUCAUCACCGUCGACCCAACCGACAUCGUCAUCAUGGGCCUCGGCUCCGUCAACGCCGGCGUCUCCCUAGGCACAAACAAAUCGCCCCCUCCACCCCUGCAAUCCAACUGGCAAGACCUAAUGACCACGGACUGGAAGCUCUGGGAGAAACUGUCCAAGAAGUCUCUCAAAUUCGGCGACCCAACGACCUUCCUCACGCACAUCCAAGAGUCCACCGUCGAAACAUUCACCACCACAUUCAAGGGCGGCGACUUCCCAAACGCCUACGAGAACAUCACCCACGACAAACCAGGCACAGGCUCCCUCCUCUCCCUCACAGGCUCCAGCUGGCAAAUGACCCUCUGCUUCCCGCACCAGCCCAUCUUCCCCAACCAACCCCUCGACACAACCGUCAUGAUGGGCUACGGCCUCAACCCCACCCAGCCCGGCGAAUACGUCAAGAAGCCCAUGUGCGAGUGCACCGGCGAGGAAAUCCUACGCGAGGCCCUCGCCCACCUCGGCAUCCCCGAGGGUGAUAUCGUGUCCAAGUCCAAGACCAUCCCCUGCGGGAUGCCGCUCGGUACGGCGCCGCUGCUGACUCGGGGGCCGCAUGACCGGCCGACUGUGCUGCCGGGGCAUGCGAUGAACUUUGGGUGCGUGGGCCAGUUCGUGGAGAUUCCGGGGGAUACCACGAUGGAGGUGGAGUAUAGUGUCAGGGGCGCGCAGACGGCUGUUGCGGAUUUGAUGGGAUUGCCUGAGAAACCGCCCAAGCCGCCGCGUAGUUUGUUGAUGGAGGUGUUUGAUUUGAUUAUUUAA